AUGUGUCCUACCUCAAAAUUGGUCUCAUUAUUGAGUAUAAUAUCAAAAAUGGGUUCAAAUAAAGUGAACGUGAUGUUUCGGAACCAAUACGACAAUGACGUGACGACGUGGUCACCUCAGGGCCGUCUCCAUCAGGUGGAGUACGCGAUGGAAGCGGUCAAACAGGGCUCCGCCACCGUUGGCCUCAAGAAUAAGGACUCGUUUGCUGUGCUUUUGGCGCUGAAGAGAAGCACUUCUGAAUUGAGUGCUCACCAGAAGAAGAUCACUCCACUCGACUCACACGUAGGGAUGGCUAUCGCGGGCCUCACAGCCGACGCGCGUAUGCUUUCGCGUUAUAUGCGAAACGAGUGCACAAAUCAACGCUACGCUCACAACGAGUCGCUUCCCGUCAACCGUUUGGUGACGAGUUUGGGCAACAAAAUGCAGUCUUCGACCCAACGUUACGACAGACGCCCUUAUGGUGUGGGACUCCUGAUCGCCGGUUACGACUCGAUGGGACCGCAUGUCUACCAGACGUGUCCGUCGGCCAACUAUUUCGACUGCAAAGCCAUGUCUAUCGGCGCGCGCUCUCAAUCCGCCCGAACUUAUUUGGAGAAACAUUUGGACGCAUUUCCCGGCUCUGACCUCAAAGCGCUGGUCAGACACGGGUUGUUGGCUCUGAGAGAGUGUCUGCCCAACGAUAUGGAGCUGAACAGCAAAAACGUGUCGAUCGCUAUCGUAGGAAAGGGUCAUCCCUUCACUGUAUACGACGACCAACGCGUCGAACAGUAUUUAGCACUCAUUACCGAAGCCGAGAGGAAGGGUCGCGGAAGCGGUAACGCUCUCCUCGCCGCUGAUGGUCCUGUUGAUGGCGAACCCGAACCACAACCACAGGACCCACAAAUGGCCGGACCAGAAGUCGAGGAACAUAUGGCUAAGAAGAAUGAGUGGAAAGUGUGUCCAAACGUUGACAACAAUCGGAGGCAACUCAUCGGCGAUAAUGAUAAUCGUCUGAAGACCGAAUUCAUCGAUCAAUGCAUUGAUAGCCUAUUAGCGCGAGAUUUGCACACAAUUUGCCGAUCGUUUGCCUAUAAAAGGAUCGAAACAUUCAUUCAUUCCAUUUGUUUGUUUUCGCCAUUCAUUCCAGUCUUCGACAGCUGUUGUGACCGCGAAAUGGAAGUGCUUUCCCCACAAACGGCUCAUGAGGUGAGCGCUUACGUCGGCGGCGAUCGCGUGGCCACCGCUGAUGGCGAAGAGAUACGGAUCCCACGGCCGGCCAACGCAUUCAUGCUAUUCGGCAAAGAGUUUCGCAAAGUGUUGGCCAAUAAGUUUCAGGACUUGUCGAACAAACAGAUCAGCAAAAUAUUGGGCGACGAGUGGAAGAAAAUGGAUGUCGAGCUGAAGACUCAUUACCACAAACUCGCCGAAGACGCUCAUCGACAGCAUCUCGAGAAAUAUCCCGCGUUUGACUCAGUGUUUGAUUUGACGCUUCGUUUUCUAGGCUAUUAUUACAGCCCUUUGGAGGCGAGACAGCGAAAGGCUGAACGAAAGCGUAAGUCAAAAAUGUCCAGAAGUUGUCAAAGAGCUAAGACUAGUCUUCACAUGAAUUAUCCGGUCAUUGAGCCGUUCGGUGGCAAUAGAUCGUUUCCACUCCAGAGUCCAAUGCAUCAAUUGAUACGACCCGUGUUCGGCACUCCUAUCCCUCCGAGAGCUCGGUUUGCGCAACACGUCCUUCGCUACGGACCUAAUCAGCCAUUCGGCGGUUUCUUUCGCUACGGAUUCCCUCAGCCGCAGCCGCGGCCAGUAUUUGUGGUUCCGGUCGCCGCUGACCACAGCUAUGCCGCCGCCUCACAGCCGACAUUUGACCAAUCGGUUCAACAAUUUGUCACUUAUAAUGAAAGCCUUGAAUCGCAAACCAACGAAACGCAAGUCCAGACCCAUGACAUCAAAGUCGAAGAAAUGUCGGGAACUACUGAUAUCGAUCUCUUGUCCACAUUUCUGCCGCCAAUGCAUAAUCCAACCGAAGCCACGGCUGUAGUUGAGUCCGAAGACUCAAUCGAUUCAAACGAAGUGACAAUACGCGAGUCUGAAGUGACCAAAAUGUCAAACGCGAGUAUCGAUAAGGACUCGACUCUUAAGUCCUUCAAAGACGAACCGUUCGAUGAAGACUCCAUUGACACGAAUGAGACUAAAGUUGUGGUCAAAUCUAAUGACCAAUGAAUGAC